AUGAGAACGGUCGAGGAAGCCAACAUUCCUGCGGUAAGGAAUGGGGAAAUAGAGAGGUUUGAAUGACGAAUUUAUUAUGCUUGGACACAAUUAGCGGCAGAAUUAGUCGACACGCGGAUAGAAAUAUUUUCUUUUUUAACGAGAUUUGGCCCUUACCGAAGACAACCUUUAAAGAUUUCAAGGAGUAACUGAUACUUUCGAAAAUCUUCAUUAUUAAAUAAUAAAGAAAGGCAAGCUUUUGGCGUGACUAAAUUUCAAUCUCAAUCACUUCUUGACCUUCAGAAGAACUACUAUGUCGCUGGAAAAGUCUUAUCCAGACAACAAAUGCAGUUUUACCAUGAAAAUGGCUACAUCGUUCUGAAAAGAUAUAUCUCUCCGAAAGAUCUGGAGAAAUACAGGUAGAUUCUUUUUCUAUAAUAUAAUAUCAUUAACGUAGAGCGACGUCCAUGACACCCCAAAAUACAACCCGAUUAUUUAGAAACCGUUUCAACGACAUCUGCGACGGCAAAAACGUCCCGAAGGACAUGACAAUCAUGCGAGAUGUCAGCUAUGCAGCAAUGAAAAAGCCAGCGGUGGAACGGACGGUCCUGAAGGUGCAGGACUUCAAUAACGACCCAAUAAUGUUCAGCUACUGCAAAACCCCACAAAUCGUUGAAGUUGUUCAAGAUCUUAUCGGAACACCGAACUCAACUCUGAUGGCAAUGCAUGGAAUGCUCAUAAAUAAACCUCCAGACGCUGGAAAUCUGUCAACCAGACAUCCAAUGCAUCAGGAUUCGCACUUCUUCCCAUUCAGGUAGAAUUUAAAAGAAUUUUAAAGUGGAAUUACUGAGUUGUUGGAAUAUUAAGUGUUUACUGACAGUUAGUCAAAAAAGGUGCCCUACUUUAGGUAGGCUAAUUGUUGCCUGAGCUGUUUUUAAAAGGGGUUUUUUUGGCUUUCCUAAUUUUGAAUUGAAUCUAGCCUGUAGAAGCUGUUGAACGCUUUUUCAACUCAUAGUCCAAUAUUUUCAUAACGGUCUAUUUUAUCAACAUGCAUUUUUUAGGCCAGUCGAUUACGUUUGUUGUGCCUGGACGGCCAUGGAGAAAGUGAACCGAGCCAACGGCUGUCUCGUCGUAGUCCCAGGGACCCAUAGACUCCCGCUCCUCGAGCAUGGCUAUCCCAAAUGGGAGGGCGGGGUGAACAAAGCCUUUUAUGGAGUCACCGACUUCGACCCCAAUUCUCCUCGAGUUCAUUUGGAGAUGGAGGCGGGGGAUACCGUAUUCUUUCACCCAAAUCUUCUCCAUGGAAGCGGAGCCAACCGAACGGAAGGGUUCAGAAAAGCCAUUUCUUGCCAUUAUGCGAACGGCAGCGUCUGUGAUUACAUUGAUGUUGGGGGGACCAAUCAAGAACAAGUCGAGAAAGUGAUGAUGGAUGUGUUGAAGGCGCGCUCUCAACGUCUUGGACUACCGUAUGACGCGAAUUGGAAGCUAAAAGAUCUGUGGCGAGGCAGAGCAAGGCCGGUUCUUGGACAGAGAGCGAGAUUGUAG